GGCGCCGAGAGUGGGAGAGCUGCUCAGCUUCAACCCCCGGCUCCAGCUCCCUACUGCUGGAGUCCAAGACCCGGAGGCAGCCAUGAACAGCGAGGAGCAGUACUACGCAGCUACGCAGCUCUACAAGGACCCGUGCGCGUUCCAGCGGGGCUCCGCGCCAGAGUUCAGCGCCAGUCCCCCUGCAUGCCUGUACAUGGGCCGCCAGCCCCCGCCGCCGCCGCCCCCGUUCCCGGGGACCCUGGGCUCUCUGGAGCAGGGCAGCCCCCCCGACAUCUCCCCAUACGAGGUGCCUCCCCUCGCCGACGACUCCGCGGUGGCGCACCUCCACCACCUCCCAGCUCAGCUCACGCUCCCCCACCAGCCCGUCGGGCCCUUCCCGGACGGAGCUGAGCCAGGAGCCCUGGAGGAGCCCAGCCGAGUCCAGCUGCCUUUCCCGUGGAUGAAGUCCACCAAGGCUCACGCGUGGAAAGGCCAGUGGGCAGGCGGCGCCUAUGUUGCAGAGCCAGAAGAAAACAAACGGACCCGUACUGCCUACACGCGUGCGCAGCUGCUGGAGCUGGAGAAGGAGUUCCUGUUCAAUAAAUACAUCUCGAGGCCCCGCAGGGUGGAGCUGGCCGUCAUGCUGAACUUGACCGAGAGACACAUCAAGAUCUGGUUCCAAAACCGCCGCAUGAAAUGGAAAAAGGAGGAGGACAAGAAGCGCAGCUGCGGGCCAGCGGCUGGGGGUGGCACAGAUGCUGACCCGGAGCAGGACUGUGCAGUGACCUCCGGUGAGGAGCUGCUGGCGCUGCCGCCGUCGCUGCCCCCCGGUGGCGCUGUGCCGCCCGCUGUCCCCGCCGCCACCCGAGAAGGACGCCUGCCGCCUGGCCUUAGCACGUCACCACAGCCCUCCAGUGUCGUGCCCCUGCGACCUCAGGAACCCCGAUGAGAGAUGGGGGCUCCUCCUGGCCAGGCGGCUUCAACCACUGGGAAAGAGGGGGAGCAGUGGUCGGACCCUGGGUGUGGACAACCAGCCCUGGCCCCCUGGCUGUUCAAGGAGCCAGGAACUGCCUUGGCCAACCCGGAUGGAAGGGGAGAACUCGAGUUCUCAGGCGCCUGUGCCAAUUGGGGCGCCUUGGGGAGACACUGGCAGACCUUCUGGAAGGAGAAGAAAGGUUUUCUGUAAUAUCUGGGGCCU